ACCUUCACCUCGUGCUCUCUUAGAGGUGGGUUGGCUUUUCCUCCCCCUCGUACCAAGUCCAUUACUAGGUUCGGGUUCGUUAGGGUUUAGCGGCAGGAAAUGGCGGCGCCGGAUGUGGAGUACCGCUGCUUCGUCGGCGGCCUCGCCUGGGCUACCGACGACGGCUCCCUCAAGCAGGCCUUCGCCCCCUACGGCGACGUCGUCGACUCCAAGAUCAUCAACGACAGGGAGACGGGGAGGUCCCGCGGGUUCGGCUUCGUCACCUUCACCUCCGAGCAGUCGAUGCUCGACGCCAUCGAGGCCAUGAACGGCAAGGAGCUCGACGGCCGCAACAUCACCGUCAAUCAGGCCCAGUCUCGCGGCGGAGGCGGCGGUGGCGGCGGCUACGGCGGGCGCCGUGAGGGCGGCUACGGUGGAGGCGGCGGCGGCUACGGCGGGCGCCGCGAGGGCGGCUACGGAGGAGGCGGUGGCUACGGCGGAGGCGGUGGCUACGGCGGUGGCAGCCGCGGUGACUCCGGCGGCAACUGGAGGAACUGAUGGGUGGGGCCCCUGGCGGCCAAGUUAUCCUACUUAUCUAUCGUUAUUGUGUUACCGUUCUCGAUUAGGUGUUGGUUCCUCCGCGUGAUGGUGUUACCCUUGUGAGGUUCGUGAUGAACUGUCGUGGUUUGCGCAGUGAAGAAAAUGAGUGAGCAAGGUUUUUGUUCGCA